UAUACACACAUAUUUACAAUCCCUUCCUACCUUUCUCUUUUCUCUAUCUUUUAAGUUUUAAGGCAACAGAAGUCAACAAGAACACUUAUUUUUUUUUCCUUCUUCUUUUCUUUUUCUAACACGAAGUAAUUUAAGACUGUAAAAGCACUCUUAUUAUUACAGGGGGGGAAACAUGUUUGCAGGAGAUCAGAAUGGUUUACGAGGUGACCCAAGGUUGAAGGAAAUUUCUGAAGCCAUAAGAGUUGUGCCUCACUUCCCAAAACCAGGAAUUAUGUUCCAAGACAUAACCACACUGCUACUUGAUCACAAGGCCUUCAAAGAUACCGUCGACAUCUUUGUUGAUCGUUAUAGAGAUAUGGGUAUUUCUGUUGUUGCUGGAGUUGAAGCUCGAGGAUUUAUGUUUGGUCCCUCCAUUGCUUUGGCUAUUGGUGCCAAGUUUGUUCCCUUACGUAAACCCAGGAAAUUGCCAGGAGAGGUGAUCUCCGAAGCAUACGUACUCGAAUACGGCACGGAUUGUUUAGAGAUGCAUGUCGGAGCUGUUCAACUCGGCGAACGUGCCUUAGUUAUCGACGAUUUGGUGGCUACAGGGGGAACUCUUUCCGCUGCGAUACGUCUGUUAGAACGAGUCGGGGCACAAGUGGUUGAAUGUGCAUGUGUUGUUGGCCUGCGUGAUGUUAAGGUACAACAUGGACUAAAUGGAAAGCCAUUGUACAUUCUUGUGGAGCCACGGGGACAGAUUAAUUGCCCUGCACCUUCUGUUAAUGGAGUUGAAACAUGCAGACACGACGAUCUGAUUCUGGGAGCAAACUUUGGUUCUCCAGUGAACACCACUUCAAAAAGCGAUUAGUGUUUUUCGUUUUUAAACCUUCGGUUGCAACAUCUUUUCCAUGAAAGAAGUUAAUCUGCGAGUCUGUCUUAGUUUUACCUUCCA